AUGCUUGCGCGUCCUCCCGACAUUUACGUUUCUGCUACGAACACAACGUUUUGGAUAUUCAUCUUCAACUAUCAUUUACAGCCAAUUGAAGAACUGCCGUCACCGUAGUGUAAAUAUCUAGUAACAGCUAAAAUGGCUUUGAAGAUUCGCGUCCAAUCACCGAAGGUGAAGUACACAGAAGAUUAUAUCGAGGCACAGUACGAGUAUCAAACAACGAACGUUACAGAAGACAACAGUGUAAAUUACACGGUAACACCUGUAACAACAAACCUAUUAAUUAGAACACAACUGAAAGUUCCGAAACUUGGAUUAAUGUUGGUAGGAUGGGGUGGAAAUAAUGGUACCACUAUUACCGCAGCAUUAAUAGCAAACAAACUGAAGUUGACAUGGGAAACAAAGAAUGGCAUUCAGAAAGCAAAUUGGUACGGUUCCUUGAUUCAAGCAUCUACUGUCAGAUUAGGCAGGAGCAAAGGAAACAAAGAAGAUGUGUAUGUUCCCAUGUCUUGGAUGCUCCCAAUAGUAAAUCCAGAUGAUAUUGAAAUUGAUGGCUGGGAUAUUUCAAAUAUGAACUUAGCUGAUGCUAUGCAACGUGCAAAAGUUUUGGACAUUAAUUUACAGAAGCAAUUAAUACCACAUUUGAUGCACAUGAAACCAAGAAAAAGCAUAUAUUAUUCUGAUUUCAUUGCUGCCAAUCAGGAAAAAAGAGCAAAUAAUAUUAUUUCUGGUACAAAGUUUGAACAAUUAAAACAAAUUAGAAAAGAUAUUGCAGAAUUUAAAGCUACAAAGAAUUUGGAUCAAGUAAUUAUAUUAUGGACUGCCAAUACCGAACGAUUUUCAGAGAUAAUUCCGGGUGUAAAUGAUACAGCAGAAAAUUUAUUAAAUGCUAUUAAAGAAAGUCAUUCAGAAAUUAGUCCAAGUACAGUAUUUGCUGUUGCUGCUGCUUUGGAAGGAUGUACAUAUAUAAAUGGAUCUCCUCAAAAUACUUUCGUACCAGGAGCAAUAGAAUUAGCAGAGAAACAUAAAACAUUUAUUGGUGGUGAUGAUUUUAAAUCCGGGCAAACGAAAUUAAAAUCUGUACUUGUGGACUUUCUAGUCUCAGCUGGCAUUAAACCAGUAUCAAUUGUAAGUUACAACCAUCUUGGAAAUAACGACGGAUAUAAUUUGUCUGCCCCACAACAAUUUCGUUCAAAAGAGAUUUCAAAAAGUAAUGUUGUGGAUGAUAUGGUGCAAUCAAAUAAAAUUCUUUACCAACCUGGAGAAAAGCCAGAUCAUUGUGUUGUUAUUAAAUAUGUUCCAUAUGUUGGUGAUAGCAAACGGGCAAUGGAUGAAUACACAUCAGAAAUAUUACUUGGAGGACAUAAUACAAUUGUGAUACAUAAUACAUGUGAAGAUUCUCUAUUGGCUAGCCCAAUUAUUUUGGAUCUGGUUCUCUUGGCAGAGAUUUGUUCACGUAUCACCUUCAAAUUAGCUGAUACCAAAGAUGAGUUCACUGGAUUUCACAGUGUGCUCUCCAUACUUUCAUAUCUUUGCAAAGCACCGUUAGUGCCUCGAGGAACACCGGUUGUGAAUGCAUUAUUCAGACAACGAGCAGCAAUUGAAAAUAUUUUAAGAGCCUGCCUUGCAUUGCCUCCCGAAAAUAAUAUGUUACUUGAGCACAAAGUUGAUUUCAAAAACCAAGUAUGAAUUUAAAAAGAAAGAUAUAUUAUAUGUUCCAAAGUAAGGGUAUUAUUUGCAAAA